ACCUCUACAUAUGCUGUGUCUCAACGCACUCAUGGAGCCUUUACAUACCUAGGAAUUGUGAAGGAGUUUACAGCAUUGGUUAAAAGUUACAAUUCUUUGAGCAUAACUGCAUUAUAUCGUUCCUUAAGCAGUGUGGGGCAACUUUCCCAGUUGUGGCAUGUUCAGAAUGUUAGUCAGUGGGGAUAUGGGCAGAAGGCAGGAACGGGGUACUGAUUGUGGAUGAUCAACCAUGAUCACAUUGAAUGACGGUGCUGGAUCGAAGGGCCGAGUGGCCCACUCCUGCACCUAUUUUCUAUGUAUCUAUGUCAUGCAACCCCUGAGACACUGGCUGAUGUAAGACCACAGUUAGCAAAAUAAAACUGUGGGAAGAAAUGUGCUAUGUUACCAAAAUUCACAGACAAUUUGAAAGAGUAAGAUUGGUGGUUCAUUUGCAACUAAGAGGAAGUAGCAACAGGAAACAUUUCAAGGUUGCUUCAUAUUAAAAGUCAAAUUAAUAUCCAGCGAAGAUUUUCAAGCUGCUUAUACCAACAGGUUCUCACAAAAGCCGCUGUGGUCCUGCAUCCUCUGCGUGAUAAAGCACAGUGGAAACUCGAUGGCGACAGAAAGCCCCACCUUCUCCAUGUGGCCAGUGAACGUGACGGACAUCGUGAGCCUGCAGCCGGUCUGUAACCUGACCAGCGGCCGGCUGGAGAAAGUAUUCCUCCCGGCACUGUACUCGCUUGUCAUCCUUGUCGGGGUGCCUGCCAACCUCCUGGCCCUCUGCAUGUUCCUGCACCAAUACCGGAAGCACGGGAUCCUGGUUUACCUGAUCAACUUGGCCAUUGCCGACCUCAUCAGCUGCCUGACCCUGCCCUUCCGGGUCUCGCUGCUGCUCCUGGGCGACCAGUGGCGAGAGAGCUCUCCCAUCUGUGCCCUCACCAUGAUCAUCAUCAACUCCAGCUUCUACUACACCGUGAGCUGCAGCACCAUGUUCCUGGCCUUCAUCAGCAUCAGCCGCUACGCCAUGAUCGUGAAGCCCAACAACAGGCACCUCAACAAGUUCUAUGACACCGGCUUCGCCCAGAGGGCGUGCGCCAUCACCUGGAUCGUCACUAUCAUCCCCCUCCUCGCCCUGAACCUCAACUACUUCAUGCGGGAAGUGAGGCUGGCGGCCGACUCCGUCUGCUACAACGUGCAGCUGCAGUACGGCAAGAGAGUGUCCGCCAACGCCUUUGUCACGGUGGCCAUGAUCUUCCUGGUCCUGCUGGUGGCGUUUGCCUUCUCCUACGCCUCGAUCGGCGUGGAGCUGUGCACGGUGAGGAGGAAGAGCAUUAGUCAGCACAACCGGACAGUCCACAUGCGGGCCCAGAUGAUCAUCAUCGGCGCCAUGACCGGCUUCGUGGUCUGCCACCUGCCUUACCACGUGUACCAGAUCGUGGCCGGCCUGCACCGGCUGCACGGCAGCAGCUGCCUGUGGCUGCUGCAGACCCACCACGUCAAGCUCAUCACCCUCUGGCUGGUCUCGUUCAGCAGCUGCCUGGACCCCAUCCUCUACUUCCUCCUCUCAAAGUCCUUUGUGAAGCGCGGGACAAAGAGAGAGAGGAGUACCUAGUGUGGGCACCCACUGGGAACCAUGGUCUGCAGUCCUCUCCUGCUCACGCCGACAUAACCAGCAGUGGACUGAUGGCUUCAUAACCAUUAUUGUUGAUGGGGGCACAGCCCAUGAUGGGGUGGGGGCAACAUUAAUGUCACCGCGCCACCAAUCAAACCACCUCUUUGGACAAAACCAGGGGUUGAAGUUUACCGUAGCUAGAACAGUGACACUGCAUCUGAAAAAUGUCAGCUGGGGUGCGGGCUAUAGUAGGCAAUUCUGUCGACUGUAAGAUUGGGACCUCACUGGUUUGUUCCAGCAUUCCGUAGGAUCAUCACUUUCUGUGCCUGACCUCCUUUUCCCAAAUCCCUAAAAUACAAACAAUGUCAGAUUUCGGGACGACAGAUGGCGCAAUGGGCUAAGUGUUCGUGCUGGCGACCGGAAGGUAGCCGGUUCGAAUCCCGCUUGGAGUGCAUACUGUCAUUGUGUCCUUGGGCAAGACACUUCACCCACCUUUGCCUGCGUGUGAAUGUGUGUGAGUGAUUGUUGGUGGUCGGAGAUUAGCAGCCACGCUUCCGUCAGUCUGCCCCAGGGCAGCUGUGGCUACAGAAAUAGCUCACCACCACCGAGUGUGAGUGAGGAGUGAAUGAAUAAUGCGAUGUAAAGCGCCUUGAGUAUCUAGAAAGGCGCUAUAUAAAUCCCAUCCAUUAUUAUUAUUAUUAGAUUUAAAUGAACCCUUGUCCCAGCAUUAACUUCAACAUUGAACUGACCAUAUAUACUCACCCAUUAUGUGUAUAGAUGGCUACAUAUUUGGUUUGACCCCCAAAAAAUUGCUACUAAAGCUUUCUCAACACUUUUUUGUAGUAUCAGAUGCGCUUAAUAACAUAUCAAAAGUCUACCAUAGUCAGACCACCGGAAAGGUCUAAUUUUCAAGAUGGCGUCCAAGAUGGAUGCCAAAUCCUUAAAAUACCCAUUAUUCCUUCAUUAUACAUCAUAGACAAAUAAUUUUGCUGCCUAACCCCAUGUUUUGGGGGUCUAGGAAUGUGAAUUUGAAGGUUUUAUUUUCCUGUUUUUUAAUUCUGGGCCAAUCCCAGUCUCUCUCUCACUCUCUCACUCUCGCUAUCUACCCAGUCAGUUCUCCAGUACCUGAAAACUGGGGUCGUCACCAUUUAACCUUUUAACUUCAACCUUGGUUCAUGUAUUCUCUCCCCAAUCUCCUCGUCUCACAAAUCGUCCAGACAUCAGGAUAAUAACACACCAGGAUAAACCUGUAAGGCGCUGAGAGGAUCACGAAGGGACCAAUGAGGCAAACUUACAAGAACAUGGCCAAGCCUCCAUAGUAAUAUUAACAGGUACAUUUCGGACCAUAACAUGGGAGAGUGUUUCUCGUUGUGGCAUUUGUUGGUUACCCGCACGGAACAUCAUUUCUUUGCAACUUGCCCAAUACUACGGCUUUCCCUGGGCACUCACUCACAUCCCAAAAGGCACGCGAGUCAUUGGGCUAUUUAGCUUCCGUAAAUUACCCCCAGGGAAGAAUCAGAGGGUGUUGAUGGGCCUGCACUGGAAAAGAUAGAAGAGUACAGCACGGGAAUGUCCAUUCGGCCUACAAUGUCCAUGGCAAACGUGAUGCUAAAUCUCACCUGUCUGCACGGGAUCCUCAUCCCUCGAUACCCUUCCCAGUGAAGCCAAGCAUCUUCUACAAAACUCUGUCCAUCUGAAUCACCAUUUUCAGGGAACCAUGCACGUGUACUCCCACAGAUCGCUCAGUUCUGCAACACUCUUCCAGGCUCCACCAAAGAUGAAUUGUUGCGAGGUGGAAGCUAAAGAAUUCAUGUUGGUAAAUUAAACUAAAGAUAGAGUUGACGUCGGAGAUGCUAUCUGUUUUAGUGAUGUUCCCGCUAAUUGGUGAACAAGGGAAUUUCCGUAAUUCAUGGCUGAAAUAAUAUGUUAAAAGCUCUUUCCUCAUAUAGAAUGGCUGUGUGGACAUUCUGCUCUGGCUUACUUAAUCUUACUUUUAAUAAAUCUGUUUUGAAGAUCAAAACUCAACUCA